AUGACCACCCCAGCGGGGUCCGGCACGGGCUUUGGCUCAGUGUCCUGGUGGGGCCUGUCUCCGGCGCUGGACCUGCAGGCGGAAAGUCCUCCUGCGGACCCAGACUGUCAGGCAGACACAGAGCCCAGGACCCCGGAGCUGGGUGUGCUGCUGCUGGGUUCCGUGGAUGGGCGGCACCUGUUACGGACCCUGGCCAGGGCUGCGCUGUGGCCUCGCAGGAGCCUCCAUUUCUAUGUGCUGGAGAAUAAUCUGGAAGCUGUGGCCCGGCACAUGUUGAUCUUCAGCCUAGCCCUGGAGGAACUGGACAACAUGGGGAUCCAAGAGCGAAGCGAGACUUUCCUGGAACUGUGGGGCAACGCACUGCUGCGCCCCCCGGUAGCCGCCUACAUGCGCGCCCAGGCCGCCCGCCUGGCGAACCUGAUCCCGGAGCCGGACCGCCUGGAACAGCAGCUCCCCUGGCUCAACCUCGGAGCGCUCAAGUUCCGCGAGCGGGAUGCCCUGGAGGCCGUGUUCCGCUUCUGGUCAGGAGGGGAGAAGGGCCCCGAGGUCUUCCCAAUGAGUCGGCUCUGGGACUCACGGCUGCGCCACUACCUGGGCUCGCGCUACGACGCCCGGCACGGAGUCAGCGACUGGGACCUGCGCAUGAAGCUGCACGACCGCGGGGCCCAGGUCAUCCACAUCCGCGAGUUCCGACGCUGGCGCGACACGGGCGUGGCCUUCGAGCUCAGGGACUCUGGCGCUUACCACGUGCCCAACAGGACGCUGGCAUCUGGUCGCCUCCUGAGCCAACGCGGGGAGCGCGUGGCGGUGCGCGGGUACUGGGGAGACAUCGCCACAGGGCCCUUCGUGGCCUUUGGCAUUGAGACGGACGACCAGAGCCUCUUGCGGACCAGCAAUGGACAGCCGGUCAAGACCGCGGGUGAGAUCACCCAGCAUAACGUGACGGAGCUGUUCCGGGAGCUGGCCGCUGGGGAGCGCCCGAGAUCCGCCCAGGGGGGCCCGGAGGGGGACCCCGGGCCGGACCCAGCUGCGCCAGCCCGGGCACCCUUCACCAUCCACUUCCUGUCCCUCGGUUCCGCGCAGACUCUCCACCACAAGGGCUGCUACCACGGCCGGUUCCAGCUUCUUUACGUGUCCUGCGGGAUGGUGCAUCUUCUCGGCCCUGAGCUGGGGGCCUGCGUGGCCCCAGGUGGGAACCUCGUUGUGGAAUUAGCUCGGUACCUGGUAGACCUGCGUCCGGAGCAGCUGCGGGCCUUCUCCGCCCAGGUCAUAGAGCUGGCGAGGACAGCUGGGUUCACCGCCCACCCUGGGGCUCCCCCCUCGGAGACCUUCGCGCGCUUCUGCAAGUCUGGGGACUCAGCCACUCGCCCCAAGGACUCAGCUGUGGAGUCAGAACCUCUGCCCUGCCAGGCCCAGGCCCCGCCUCUGGAAGCAAUGAGCCCGCCCCAAGAUGAUAUGGCCACGCCCCCAGAAGCAAUGAGUUGGCCCCAGGAGGACGUGGCCACGCCUCCAGUAGCAAUGAGUCCACUCCUGGAGGUCAUGGCCACGCCCCCAGAAGCAACGAACCCGCCCCAGAAGGAUGUGGUCCCGCCCCCAGGAGCAAUGAACCCACCCCAGGAGAACGUGGCCACGCCCCCAGAGGCAAUGAACCCGCCUCAGAAGGACAUGGCCACGCCUCUAGUUGCAAUGAGUCCACUCCAGGCGGGCAUGGCCACGCCUCCAGAAGCAACGAACCCACCUCAGGAGGAUGUGGUCCCGCCCCCAGGAGCAAUGGACCCACCCCAGGAGGACGUGGCCACGCCCCCAGGAGCAACGAACCCACCUCAGGAGGAUGUGGUCCCGCCCCCAGAAGCAAUGAACCUGCCUCAGGAGGACGUGGCCACGCCUCCAGUUGCAAUGAGUCCACUCCAGGUGGUCAUGGCCACGCCCCCAGGAGAAAUGAACCCACCCCAGGAGGCUACGCCCCCUGGCCUCUAGGCCAGGCCCCAUUCUCAGAAGCUCUGCAGUGUCCUUUUGAGUCCCAGGGUUCACAGGAAGCUGCUGGCCCUGCCCAGGAGGCUCCAGCCAUACCUGUAGUGACUCCAAAAACCAAGAGAUCAAACACUUCAUCGUUAAUAGAUUAGAACCUGCUCAAUGAGUUUAAGCCCACUCUUGUUCUUCCUCAGCGUUGGAUGGAUACCUAGCAUUUCAAAUUCCGUUUCUGGGAUUCUAAAUUCGGUUCCUAAAACCUUAAAUUGCUUUCUCAGAAGUCUGUUUCCCCUCUGCCUAGAGGUCUGACCUGAGUCCCGGGCCUCUGCCUUGUGUCC